AUCUUCAUUGGAUUAAUCACUGGUAAUAAUAAUCAUUGGUAUCUUCAUUGGAAUAAUCACUGGUAAUAUUAAUCAUUGGUAUCUUCAUUGGAUUAAUCACUGGUAAUAAUAAUCAUUGGUAUCUUCAUUGGAUUAAUCACUGGUAAUAAUAAUCAUUGGUAUCUUCAUUGGAUUAAUCACUGGUAAUAAUAAUCAUUGGUAUCUUCAUUGGAUUAAUCACUGGUAAUAAUAAUCAUUGAUAUCUUCAUUGGAUUAAUCACUGGUAAUAAUAAUCAUUGGUAUCUUCAUUGGAUUAAUCACUGGUAAUAAUAAUCAUUGGUAUCUUCAUUGGAUUAAUCACUGGUAAUAAUAAUCAUUGGUAUCUUCAUUGGAUUAAUCACUGGUAAUAAUAAUCAUUGGUAUCUUCAUUGGAUUAAUCACUGGUAAUAAUAAUCAUUGGUAUCUUCAUUGGAUUAAUCACUGGUGGCAUUGUAUUCGCUGGUCGAAUGCGGAAACAUCAAUACCUCACGAUGUUGGAUCCCAUUCAGGAGAGGUUUGGUGAUACUGUGGUCGUUCUGGUGUACACAGCCACGCUCUGUGGUGAUGUCUUCUGGACAGCCUCCAUCCUCGUAGCUCUGGGUACCAGUCUCAGUGUGAUCGUGAACAUUCCCCUCAGCAUAGCCAUCGUCAGCUCCUCUCUAGCUACAGUCUGUUACACAAUGUUCGGUCAGAUGAUCUCUGUAGCUUAUACGGACAUUGUCCAACUCAUCUUCAUCAUCAUUGGUUUGGGUUUGAGCUUGCCUUUUGUUCUUACUAACGAAUACAUAGGAAGUAUUUCUGAUACUACAGAAAUGUGGAUUGGACAGUUUGAUGUCAACAUAACCAGUCCUUGGAUUGACCUAUUCAUCGCCAUGAUAUUUGGAACCAUUCCUUGGCAAUCCUACUUCCAGAGAGUUUUGUCUGUCAGAAGUGCUAGACAAGCCCAGAUGCUCUCUGUAGCGGGGGCCUUCAGUGCUAUCAUCCUAGCCAUCCCUUCUGUUCUCAUAGGGGCUGUGGCCACCACUGCAGAUUGGACUAACACCACACUAGGAUCCUCCCCUGUGUCACUGAACAAGUCCAGCAUGACGCUUCCCUAUGUUCUUCACGAGUUUACUCCCAACUGGGUGGCCGUUUUAGGUCUGGGGGCCAUCUCAGCAGCUGUGAUGUCCUCCAUGGAUAGCUCUAUUCUGGGCUCCAGCUCCAUGUUCACCAACAACAUCUACAAAAAAAUCAUCAGGAAAAAGGCCAGUGACAAUGAAUCAAUCUGGGUACACACAAUCUCCAUAUUUGGUAUUGGGACAAUGGCCACGCUUGUCGCACUGUUUGUUCCAAUUGUCUAUGGACUAUUCGUUCUGGCAGCUGACAUUGUAUUUGUGCUUGUCUUACCUCAGCUGUUCUGUGCAGUUUUCAUUAUGAGGACCAAUGCAUACGGAGCCAUCACAGGGUUCCUCGUAGGAACUGUCCUACGAAUGGGAGCUGGGGAAUCCCUGUUAAACUGGCAACCGUUUAUAGAGUAUCCAUUCUACAGCGUGGACGCGGGACAACAGUUUCCAUUUAGGACAUUUGCAGUUAUCAUCUCACUGAUUAUUAUAGUUCUAGUGUCUUUUCUAGCUGACCUAGUGAAAAAGUAUUUAUGUCAGAAAUCACAAGACAUUUACACUGUAUCAACCCCAGGAGAUGGUAUCACACAAACGCACUCUUCUAAUCAUCCACUCGGCCCUUUGCCUAACUGAGUUCAGUUUGACUAUACCAUUGUGAUUUUAUACCGAUGUAUUUACAUUCCAUUGUAUUUGUCUAAAUAACCUACGUUGCAGGGUUUGUAUUUUCCCUGCCCUUCGUAAGAAAAAUUUGUAGAUUUAACAUUGCACACUAACAUCUCUUCGUGUUGUAUAGGUUGCAUUAUUUAGACUGAACCAGCUGAUGCUAUUUAUCAACUUUACAUGAAGUAAAUUUCAAAGUGUUAAA